GCAGCCGACCGGCCCGUCAUGUCGACUCUCCUGUUUCUCGCGAUCCUCUGCGGACUCGUCGCCAGGUCGCCCUCGGUUCUCGCCGGCAGCCAGUGGCUCGCGGGCCUGAAGACGCUGCUCGAGGACUGCCCCGUCAAGACGGCCCGACUGGAGAACAAGGGCCUCGCGUUCGUCGAGUCGCUGGCCGACUGCGCGAGGAAGCGGGCCCUCAUGGCCAUCGACGACAUCCUCGAGGACGACGUCAUCCCGCUGGUGAGCGGAUUCGAGCUGGUCAAGUUCCGGCCCGAGGCCAAUGCCACUGUCACGUUCAACGUCAGAAACCUGCUGAAUCGUAUUCGCGAGAAGGCCUAUCCGGAGGACAAGGAGAUCAGCUGGCGCGAGAGACUGACCAGCCGCCUGUCCCGAGUACUGCGCACCCACGUCAUCAAGCUCGACUUUGAGCGGCUGAUGCGACGUUCACCAGCAGCGAACGUUGUCACCGCUGCCAGCAGUGCCAGAGCCGUCGAUGGACGGAUCGAGCCCAGAGGCCGUCGCCGUCGCCGCCGCCAGAUGCAGAUGAUGCCGAUUAUAAUGAUGGGCGUCCUGCUGAUGGGCUCGGUCCUCAUCCCCAUGGGCUUCCAGUUCCUCGCGGUCCUCGGCGGCAAGGCACUCAUCCUCGCGAAGAUGGCCCUGAUGCUGUCCUCGAUCCAGGGUUUAAAAAAAAUCGCCACCAACGGGGUUAAUUACGGCUUGUACCACACGCCCGUUCCGGAAGCCUGGCACGAGCGCAGCACCGGUUACCACGAGAUACCGUACAGCUACGAGAACGUCCACGACAGCACAGCAGGACACACGCAGGGCGGAUACAUCGACAGUCUCGGGACGGUGUUUGCGCGCCGUUCGGCCGUGCAGCCCACUUAACGUCACGCGAUCGAUCGGCCAUAUACCUACUGCCGUAUGCUACGACGGCCGCAGCUUUGUUGUGUUUCCGCCACUUGUACAGAGAGAAAGAGAGGCUUUCGCGCGUCAGUCGCGCGUACGACUGCUGUGCGGUUAUAAUAUACAUAUAGCGCGGACGCUCCGAUUCGACCGAGUUAUUUCGAUGCGUGCCUGAAUAAGUAUUUGCUGCUGCGCUCGUUCCUGCCAGCAGUAUAGAGAGAGAGAGAGAGAGAGAGAGAGAGCGUUAGUCCGCGUAUAGUAGUACUUGUAAGUUAUAACGCUACACGACUGAGGAAGGCGACGAGGAGAUACGUAUUUACAAUGACUCAAGAGACACACGCUUUUCGUGUUCAUGAUUUUUUCGUCGCUUUUUUAAUAAUAAAUUCCUUAAUCUAUACAUUA